AUGAAGGCCUUCGUUGCUUCAGGACUGCUGGUGCUCAUAUUUGGGAUGUGGAGAUGUUCUGGGAUUGAGCCAGUAUCCAUGGAAUGCGAUUACUUUAAAUUUCGUGUUAUAGCUAAAAGGGCACUGUUUUAUCCAGAUGAACUCAUUGACCCUGAUGAAUUACUCCUGGGGUUAGACUGCCCAAUAACUUCUGUGAGACCAGAUGAACUUGAGUUUUAUUAUAGUAUUAAUGCCUGUGGGACUUACAUAGAGCACGCCUUUGAUGGAACUAUUGUUAACAGCUGGCUCACCUAUACACCCAAGAAUGUAUCUGAUUCUAUUGAGUUUCAACUGCAGUGCAUCAUGCGCAGACUUCUGCAAAGUGAACUUGGUAAUGAGCCCGAGCAGUCACCUGAGUGCCUUUCAGAAAGAGAGCUUUAUAAUGUGGAUGACCCGAGUGACCUAGAUUGCCAACUUCUUCCUCAGUGCUGGUUCCUGGUAAUGAAGAAAUACUGCAAUACUUGUCGCUGUUUCCACUUCCCAACAGACUGGAAAAUGAUCUAUGUGGCUCCCAUCCUGUAA